GAUCUUAAACGUGUCUUAAUCAUUCUUCGAAUCCGGCCGUUUACGUUCGUCCAGCACCACGAUACAAACCAACGAUUCUGGCUCGACUCUUAUCUUGUUACCUAUAUGUUAAAUUCAUUAAUUACCUUAAAAUAUAAAUUAAGUAUCAUUUGUGUCGGUCAUUAGUUGCGAUUACUUUAAUUAUGAAUGACCAUAAUGAUAUCUAAUAUCAAAUAUUUCUCUGUUCCUUCACGCACAACAGUGGCAAUAACAAUUUUUUUAUAAAUUACUAUUUAAUUCAGUCGUUUUAGCGGAUAACAUACGCUAGCUGCCUCGCUCAUGCAUCCCAUAAACGCCGAGCGGACCCUGUGGUUGCCUCGCGAACGAGGCAAACAAUACUACUAUAGUACGAUUGUAUUGUUCUUACUCGUCACGAUGCUCGUGUUUAUGAUGCUGGCCGUCUGGGAAAACGAAGAGGAAGAAUUUGAGGAAGUAUUCGAUGACCCAAACUCGGUUCCUCGCGCGAUGAUGAUGCGAUCUCGCUACAGAGCAGGAUACACGGGAGCCCACAGCGAGCUGUGCCCUGACCGCGGCGCGCGCACCAGCCUCGUGAUCCUCGUGGCUUCCGCGCCGGCGCACCGCGCAGAGCGCGAUGCCAUCCGCGCCACCUGGGCGCUAGCGGCGCGCCCCAACCACGUCGCGCUCGCUUUCCUGCUCGGCGCCUCGCCUCCGCACCUGCGCAAGGCAAUACUCAACGAAGACGCUCGCUAUCAAGACCUCAUCGAAGCCCGCUUCGAAGAUACUUACCUCAAUCUACCCCUAAAAUCACUUUCGAUGCUGGAAUGGUUCACGGCCUACUGCCCGCUAGCUCCUCAUUAUUUCAAAACGGAUGACGACAUGUUCGUUAACAUCGAACAGCUGCUCAGCUUUAUCGAAGACCACAACUCAACUAACACGAUUUGGGGGGAAGUGUUGGAGGAUAUAAAGCCACCGCGAGACAAGCGGUUCAAGUACUUCGUCCCGAAGGAAGAGUAUCCUGAGUCGAGGUACCCGACGUAUGCAGUGGGGCAUGGGUAUUUGGUGAGUGGCGACGCGGCGCCGGCGCUGCUACGCGUUGCUCCAGGCGCGCGGUUCGUGCGUCUAGAAGAUGUGUUUAUGGGAGUGCUUGCCGCCCGCGCCGGCGUCCGCGUCGCGCAUUCGCCGGAGCUGCUGCUGGCGGAGGGCGACGCGUGCGCCGCGCGCCGCGCCGUUGUCAUGGAGGCGCGGCUGCACGAACAGUACGCGCGCUGGGCCAUGCUGCUCGACCCGGACAUCGCUUGCUGACAUACAUUAUCCACAUUAGAAA